AUGGUCACCAAACUCGCAGAAGCGGUAGCUACCAACAUGCCGAACCAAACGGAGGCGUUGCUAGUGGGCCUACCCGAAUCUGCUGCCAAAGCUGUCCUCAUCAGAACCAAGUCUGAAGAGAAGGACUGGCUCGAAUCAAAAUUCUGUGGAGCGACGCAGCAGCCAUCGCUAACAUACUCUGAAAACGAGGAGGAAGAUGAACUCGUGGCACUUCAACGGCAGAUGAUGCAGCUCAACCAAAAGGCCCAGCAACGCUUCCAGCAAGAUUCACUCAAGAAGAGGAAGAGUGUCCUGGAAGCGGUCCAAGCAGCAACAAAGCGCCAUGAGAGUGCCCAACACCGUCGCCAAGAGCAUGGACUCUUCCAAGAGCACCUGGAAUCAUCAGAAGUUGAGCAAGAUUUGCUGGCCGACUCAGUGCACAUUGGCUUUCCCGAGGUUGAGCCCAAGAAGUCAUUGAUAGUGAAACUCAAACUACCAGUGGAGUUCAACCCGAGCAGCAACGCCCAGACUUCCGCAAGCAAGACCAAAGUGGAAUCGGUUUCAAACAAGCUUAAACUCAAACUACCAGUGAAGUUCAACCCGAGCAGGAACGGCCAGACUUCCACAAGCAAGGCUAAAGAUGAAUCAGUUCCCAACAAGCUUAAGAAGCUCGAAUUCUUGGAGAAAUGGAGGUGCCGUUUGGAUCUCUGUAAACACACAAUCAGCCUUGGUGACAAGUUAAACCAGAUGAGUUUUGCUAUCCAAGACUCUUUCGAAGAUGGACCCGCUACGGAGGAAGUGGAGGCGAAGUUGUACAACCAUUUUGAGCGCUGCAAGAAGGAGUUGCUUUGCGCCGCAGCUGUCACUCGGCUCAGUGGCAUCCUCCGAGGGCUUUGAGUGGAAUCGACUCUAGGGUCGCAUACGGAAGUUAGGCAACGGUACAUGACUUGACGGGGGUUUGGACAGCCAUAUCAUAGGCUUGGGUUGAACACUGCUUCGGAGGUCUCAGCAAGCUUAGCAGU